AUGACACAAAAGUGCGACAGCAAUGCUACUGGCUGUUUGACAGGAUUGACCAAUCAGCAGUGUUUACGAUGUGAUGGGUUGUAUUAUUUUUCUGAAUUAAAAUGUGUUGUAACAACCAAUUGUAACACCCCAUCAACAAUAUCAAAAGUGCCACGUGAUUGUGCACAUCAGAUAUCAGUGAACUUUGAUUGCAAGACCAAAGUUUCAAAUUGCAAAUACCAAAGAAAUUACAAAACCCAAAGUGAGUGUAUUCACUGUGAUGACAAUUAUUUACUUAAUGGAGUGACUUGUCAGAAGGUAGCAAGUGGUAAUACAAUGAGGAACGAUGUGGUCUAUAAAUGUAACAAUGACAAUUAUCUUGGAUAUAGCAAUCAAUGUAAUGUAUGUAAUAACAACGCUUCUGUAUGUGUCGAUUACAACAAUGUCAUUGAAAUAAUCGCAUGCAAACAACAAUAUACAUAUGAUGUGAAAAUAAAAAAAAUGUGUCAAUGA